CGAGACCCUUGCUUGCGGUCCAUCCGCAGAAUCUCAUCUUCGGCCACUCUUCUCUGGGCAUCUCCUCGCUCCCAUUUCACUUGAUCCCUUCUCACCAAUCUUUCUGCCCGGGACUUUUAUGUGUCUUUCCUGCUCUGUUCGGCGGCCCUCCCCUGGCAUUCCCUUACAUACCACGUUCCUUCAUGUUCGUUCCAAUCGUAGAAGGUGUUUCAUCUGGAUACGCGCAAAGGGAUUUGCCCAGUCUCUCAUUUUAUUUCCGUCUGUCUCUCUUGGGACUCGAAGCCAGCGAGUCGCCUACAAUAGCAAUCAACAACAUCAGCCACCACUGAAGUCCUUCACUUGACUUUCAUCCCGUCUCCCAGUUGAACCACCUCGACCACAAUAGCAAUCGGGUCGACCAUAACUUGCGACGUCGCAAGCACGCAAGCCCACUUUUGACCUGGCGAUCAAACGUCAAUCCGGUCGCCGUGACCCACGGUCCCUUCUCCAAUCCUCGAAACUCAACCUGUCGAUCCGGGCUCAUCACUGCCCAUCACUUUGCCAAUCGCUGGCCCCGUCCCCGUCCUCUGCGCACGCCCUCCGCAGUCUGCACCCCGCGAACGAGCCAACGAGUACACAGUCAGUCAAUCAUCGAAUAAGUCGGACAUUUGAAUUGCUCGCUCGCUUGCUUGCUUGCUUGCCGCCCGCAUGCAGGCUGAACCUUCCCGAUUCCAAUCCGCAGACGCACGCAAAUCCUCGGCGGCGCUUCCACAACCAUUCUGAACCAUCUGCGGCAAUGCGACUCCAGUGGGAAUAGGGCUCGACGGUUCCUCCACACAGCGAAGGAAACGACCCACUCAUUCACCAACCAACUGCUUCUUCUCCUUCUUCCUUCUUCUUCUUCUUCUAUCUUUACAUCGAUUAUCCUUUCUCUUCUUUUCCCCCCUCCAAGUUCAUCGUCGUCGUCGAUACCUUCAUCGACGUCACGAAUCUGGAGUGUCUUACCCCUUCACAGAGGUAGGCACAGUCAAUACCAUCGCUGGACGAGGGACGACUUGUGCCGACGGCGGGUCCGGGAGCAUUCCACUCAUUAUCUUCUUUACUCUUUUCGAGUUUAUCUCAAUUGGUAUCGACUGUGUCGAUUGACCUAAGUCUUCUUUCUUUACUCUCGCCCGACUAGGACUUCUUUUGGGCAGCUCUACUUGCCCCUCAACUUGUUGACAAGAUGGGGUUUUUUGAUUUGUUCCGGCGAAAGGUGACUGUCCAACCGGAACAAAAGUGGGAUUUUAUCAGUCUUAAUGACUUCAAAUCCACAUCAGUCUUCACCCCUUUAGCGUACGCUUACCUAUGGGUUUCCAUCUUCAUCUCGUGCGCCGUCUACGUCGUCGAUAUUUUCACCAUGGUUCAACUUUUGGCUUUCCAGAAAUGGUCUUCUCAGGUUCAACCAACCUCACUCAUUCCUAUCGUCGUAUCAAAGUGGAUUUUCACCAUCUGCAUUAUCCUUUCCGCGGUCAACCUCAUAUACGAGCAUAUUCGUGCCAACCGAGCUAUGCGCAGCGGAAGUGUCGCCGAAUCCUUCCUUGAUCACCUGGCCGCGAAACUCGAGAGUUUGCGGAUUUUUGGCGGAAAAGGAUGGAAGCGAUUCCUGGUUUUCGCCGCGUUGACCGAGAGUAAAAAGGGCGCUGAGUAUAUUGCACUGUUCUGCUACUUCAACUUCCAAUCAUGGAUCCGUGUCCUUUUCUGUUCUGGACCUCGACAGGUUGUUAAUGCAUUCACCCUAUACUCUUUUUACAACAGUAACCUCAGAGUAGAUGGGCAGGACUUUGGAACCUCAAUGAUGGAUUUCUUCAGAAAAAUCGAGGCUUUUGCUGAGAACGAUUACCGCCAAGCUGCUACUCUAUCCGGCAUGUGCUUUACACUGCUCAUCUGGAUCUUCUCAUUCUUACAAUUGCUGCUUUCCGGGGUUCUCUUCGUCUUCUUCUUGUGGUGUUAUAUCCCUCGUGCGGACGGCGGCUUGACUGGAUUCUGCGAGCGCAAGGUCAACAAGCGCUUAAAGCAGAUUGUGUCGGCCAAGAUCAACGCGGCAAUGGCCGAGGAGGAAGAAAAGAGGAAGAAGGCGCAAAUGAAAGCGGCCAAGAAGAAGGGCGAGGAUAGGCCUAUGACGAUGAAGGCGACACUACCAAAUGUCGGCGCUAGCAUUGAAAGCAGAACCGAGAAGUUGCCCGAAAUGCCAUCGCUCAGCAGGCAAGAUACGAUGGCUACACUUCCGGCCUACACCUCUCGACCCUCUACUCCGGGAGGCUACGAGCUUGGGUCGAUCGAAAAGCGACCGAUGCCGCCAUCCCGUGCAGGAACCUUUGCGACGCAAUUCUCUGGCGCCUCCAGUACGUCACUCAUCGGGGCAGCUGCCGAGCCCGCUAGGCAGCGCGCCAAUGAUGCUCCUACUGUUCCCAAGAUCGAUAUAUAUAAUAUCCCACCGACAAGAACAGCAACUAUGCUUUCACAGAGCAGCUAUGGAACUGCGUCGCAGUCGAACUUCGAACCGCGUCCCCUUGGUAGGGCUGCUACUGGGCUUUCUAACUACGAUGCUGCAUCGUCGCAGUCAAACUUUCAACCUCGUCCCCCUAUUAGAACGGCCACUGGGAUAUCCCACGUCAGUUCUGUGCCUUCACAGCAACCGAGCUUUCAGCCACGGCCACUUACAAGAGCUGCGACUGGCAUGUCCAACAUGGGCCCUGGGCCUCAGUCGCAGUUCCAUCCGAAUCAGCCUCGUCCUCUUACCCGGGCUGCGACUGGGCUGUCUAACACGAGUGCUGGACCCCAGUCCCAAGCGGACUUUGAGCCUCCUAGGGCUGGAACAGUUCCACCUCAGAACAAUUUUAGACCUGGCAUGCAACAGCCACCUCCUCCUAGGGCUGGAACAGCCCCUCCAAGGAAUGAUUUUGGGCCUUCAAUGCAACAGCCAAAUUCUACGUUUGGACCUGGCUACACUGAUAGUCCCGCGACUUACUCAACCGCAACGAUGCCCGCUUUCCAGCUACCCGCUAGGGCGCCGACUGCUCCUCCGAUGAGCUAUUCUAACAACAACUACAGGGGCGUCGAGCCGAGACCGAUCGAGCGUGCGUAUACCGGUAACGUCGGAAACCAAAGUCAACACGACAACUUCUCGGCAGGUAACCAAGUACCUCAAACCAACAACCCCUAUGGUGGUUUUAGUGGCCACAUGUCGAACGGGUACGAUCAGGAUGGCUACGGUGGUGGUUACGGCCAGGAUAUUUAUGGACAGGACAAUUACGGACAACAAGGUUAUAUGUAUAAUGGUAAUGGCCAUGACAACUACGGGCACGAUGGCUAUGGGUAUCCAGCGCAGAACAACUCACAGAUGCCUCCAAGGCUGGGAAGCGCUCCACCACCACAGACGCAAUCCGGAUACCAACCGUACAUUCCCCAGAGGACCAUGACCGCUCCGCCGGAGGGGCAGCCCUACUAUCACCAUCAGCAGAAACCUAGCAAGAGUUCUCUGAGUAGUGUGGCUGAACUACCAGCUGAAUUACCGGUCGAAAUCUCGAGUGAACAGCUGCCCCCCGCCAGAGCAGGAAGUGUCACCUCAGAUUAUCUCGAGUACAUGAUGGACGGCUCGCCUAGCUCGAGGAGGACGGAUGCUCCUCCCAAGACGAGAACUGGAAGCGUAAGCAGCCAGGGCAGUAGUGGUGCUGCUACUCAGGAAACCAAGAGUAGCGGGUCGCACUCUAGGCAAGGAAGCGCCGGUAGUGUUUCCAAGGCUGCUGGUGCUGGCAGUAAUAGCACAAGCAGCAGCAGGAAAGGAAGCGUGGCUUCUUCCGUCAGCAGUAGCAGCAGUUCUCACCAGAGGCAAGGUAGUGUCGGCAGCGUUGCAUCUACUGAUUCUUCUCGUCGAGAUCCGGAGACUACUACUGCUCAUGCCAGGCAAGCCAGCAACGAUAGCGGCGCUGCUACCCCAACUCCCGCCAGCCGUGAGGAUUACUUGGCCAACAACACCCUUGCUCGACAAGCAAGUAACGAUGCUGCUUCCAGUGAUCACCUCGGUGGUAACAGCGAUAAUGAUGUCAGGCCAGAGAGCAGCGCCAGCAACAGCCGCGCUACGGCACAGCAGCAGCAGGAGGAAGAUGAAGAGGACGAUUACUUCGGCAUCAACCGCGCUCUCUCUCAGGACCAGCAACAGCGCCAGCAGCCCGCCUCUUCUGACCGCGAAGUCGACAACGACGGCGAAGAUUUUUUCGGCCCCACCACCUUCGGCAACGCCUUUAUGCGGACCAACACAGCUCCCAUUGCUUUAGACAGCAACAGUAGUGAUGGUGAUAUCAGACCGAUAGCAAGGACGGCCACUGCUCCUCCUUUCCUUCAGCAUCAACAACAACCGCAACAACCGCAACAGCAGCAGCAGCAGCAGCACCAAAAGCAGGAUGAGGAUGAGGACUAUUUCAGCCAACCGAGCUACCAACCGAGCUAUCAAUCGAGCUAUCAACCGAGCUACAACAAUUACAACAACGAUAACGUCAAUGACUACAACCAAAGUAACAACACCAUCAAUAGUAACAACAAUAAUAGCAACUACCACAACAAUAACGGAUGGAACGAGGACAUCGAGCGAGGAGAAAGGAUCAUGGACAUGAGGCAGAAUCAGAUACCCCACAACAAUGGAGGAGGAAACGGAGAAAACGGACGAUAUGCCGGAGGGGGGUAUGGAGGACAAGGAAGGGGAGGGGGAGAUUAUGACUAUGACGGUAGUGGUUACGGUGGCAGCAGAUGGUAGUGUGUCUUGGAGCCAUCUUACGCCCAACCCAACUGCCUAAACCAGAUAUUACUGUCUACAGUAUGUUUAGGUUCAGUUGGUAACUGGUAAUCACGAACAACAGCAUCACUGUGUAUUUUUCCUUUUUUUCUUCCUCUACAAAAACCUCGUUGGUUUUAUUAGUUUAUGAUAGACGCGCACAAUACCCCUGUUUCUUUGUGUUUACCAACUGCAUAACACUCAAAGAUGAAAGACAGUGAACAGAAAGGCGGGUAUAAGGAUAUAAUACUAACUGACUUCUUGAG